AUGUUUGGGUCGUCGAUUGGGGAGAUGAUGAGCAAAGCCGCGUCCACCAUCGGCGGGCUUAUGGUGGCCUACGCAAUGUUCCAGAACUACUUCCCGGACGCCUUCCGCAGCCCCAUCCGCCGCUACUCCCGGAAGCUCCUCAACCUCCUAAACCCCUACGUCCACAUCACCUUCCCCGAGUACCAAGGCGAUGGCUUCUCCCGCAGCCCUGCCUUCUCCUACAUUGAGCGCUACCUCAACAAUACCUCCACUGCCCAGGCCCGCCGCCUCAAAGCCUCCGUCUCCCGAGACUCCGACUCCGUUGUCCUCUCCAUGGAAAACCACGAGGAGGUCACCGACGAGUUCUCCGGCGCCAAGAUCUGGUGGGUCUCCGGCGAGACCGCCUCCAGCCUCCAGCAGUCCAUCUUCUUCUACCCUCGUCGCGAAGAGAAGCGUUACUUCACCCUCACGUUCCACAACCGCCACCGCCACGUCAUCACCUCCAAAUACAUCCCACACGUCAUCGCCCAGGGAAAGGCCAUCGCCACCCGAGAGCGGCGGCGCAAGCUAUACACCAACGCCAAAGAAGACGGUGACAACAACUUGUGGAACUACGAGACUUUCAACCACCCGGCCACCUUCGACACCCUGGCAAUGGAUCCCGUCAAAAAGCAUGACAUCAUCAACGACCUCUGUAAAUUCGCGGACUCCAAGGAUUACUACGCAAAAAUCGGAAAGGCUUGGAAGAGGGGCUACCUCCUGUUCGGCCCGCCGGGGACCGGCAAGUCGAGCAUGAUAGCCGCCAUGGCUAAUCUCCUCGAGUACGACGUGUACGAUCUCGAGUUGACCUCGGUCAAGGACAACACCGAGCUUCGGAAGCUUCUCAUCGACACGUCCGGAAAGUCGAUCAUCGUGAUCGAGGACAUCGACUGCUCUAUAAACCUCACGGGACAGAGAAAGAAGGAGGACGACAGUGACGAUGAAGACGAAGACAACGAGAAGGAUGAGAUUGAGAAAUUGAAGGGGAAAGUGGAAAAAUUGGAGGAGGGUGGGAAGAAAUCGAGCGAGGUGACGUUGUCCGGGCUUUUGAACUUCAUAGACGGGCUCUGGUCGGCAUGCGGCGGGGAACGGAUCAUCGUUUUCACAACAAACUACGUGGAAAAGCUCGACCCAGCACUUAUCCGGAGGGGGAGGAUGGACAAGCACAUUGAGCUCUCGUAUUGUGGGUUUGAGGCAUUUAAGGUUCUUGCCAAGAAUUAUUUGGAAAUCGAGGAGCACGAGCUGUUCGGCAAGAUUCGGUCGAUGUUGGAGGAGAUUGAGAUGACGCCAGCUGACGUGGCAGAGAAUCUGAUGCCGAAAGUGAAGGGCGAGGAUGGAGAGAAGGGUCUGGUGAGAUUGAUCGAGGCGCUCGAGGAGGCCAAGGAGCUGGCCAGUGUGAAGGCCGAGAAACUGGCUGCGAAAGAGGAACAAGAGAACGAAGAUGGCGGGAAGAAUAAGGAUUUGAAUAAUGGUGAGCCUGAAGUACAGGAUGUGGAGAAUGGGGGUGCCAUUGAAGAUGUUGAGGAUAACUGA